UUACUAUUCAAGGCGGUCCUCGAAUAUGGAUGGAGAUGGCGACGCGGUUGUUUACCGUCGCGAUGGGUGCUGGCUUAUGAUGCUAUGAUGGCGGUGUGGGAAGGGAAACUCUUUGGGGGGAACGGUUUGGAUUUUGAAAGUUGUUCUUGGGCUGGGCUGAGCUGAGCCGGGCACGGGACAUGCAGCCAGUCCAGGGAACGCCAGUCCUGUCUUGCCCCUCUGGCACCGCAAGCCAGGGGACUUUGCUUCCAAAGGGUUAGGGGCGACGCACGGGCGCAGUCUGCGUGAAUACCCACUGGCAACCUUAUCACAAGCCCCUUUUAGGCACACGGUCAACGGUACUUUGCAUGUACCCGGCCAGUGCGAGCCUCUGGAACAACAUUGGACCGCGAAGUUGUUGCCUCUGAGGUGGCUCCGAUUUUUCUCUUCACAAGCCAACAGCCAACCCCCAACCCUGGAGCAGAGUUGCGGUAGCAAGGGCCCCUGUCACUGUGUUGUCGGCCUGCCAGGAGGAGCCGCUCUUGCUCGACCUGUGGACCACUCACACUCCACGCGGCCAGAAUCGCCAAGGUGUCCCUUGAGACCAAAGUCCCGUCAGAAGAAGCCAGCACCGCGAAAAUCUAGGGUGAAGCUCUAGCCAUUUGCGAGUCCUUCCACGUCAUCACCACCCCAAACGAUACGGAUAACGACACCGACGGCGAGAGACCCCCCCGACCGACGAUACACGCAAUGUUUCUGCGCACAGCAGCCAAGCUGCUGCUCUCAGCCAGCGUGCUGGUGAGCUCAGCUCUUGCACACAACAUCCAGCUCCCAGCCCACGGGCGCGAAUGCUUCCACGAGAACCUGCACCGCGAUGACAGGAUGACGGUCACUUUCCAAGUUGGCGACAGGGAGUUCGGAAGCUCUGGCAAUCUUGAUAUUGAUUUCUGGAUCACCAACCCUGUCGGCGGAUUCGAAGUAAACGAAAAGUCCAUCUCCAACGGCGACUUCUCCUUCGAAGCCAAGCAUGACGGCAAGUACCUGUACUGCUUCGGCAACGAGCACUGGGGUGCCCACUCCAAAGAGGUCUCGUUCAACGUUCACGGCAUCGUCUACGUCUCCGAGGCCGAUGCCCCCCAGGAUCCCCUUGAGGUGGAGGUGCGCAAGCUGUCAGAAAUGCUGGAGCGGGUCAAGGAUGAGCAGGGCUAUAUCAUUGUUCGUGAGCGCACCCACCGUAACACGGCCGAGAGCACCAACAGCAGAGUCAAGUGGUGGAACUUGUUUGUUAUCGGUAUUGUCGUUGGCGAGAGUGUCUUCCAGGUCUGGUGGCUCAGAAGAUUCUUUGAGGUCAAGCGGGUUGUUUAAGGAGGAGGCAAAGCCUCGGGGUUUGCAUUGCUCGAAUAAAUGCAUAUAUACACCUUUACUACACGGGUUAUCCAUAUUUUGGGCGCAGGAUCUGGCGGUGCGGAAUACGGAAGUGGAUUCAGGGGUAAUUUUGUCUUUGGGGCUCAUGAAGCACAGCAAUGGUUUGAUGUAAGAAGGAGAGGGUGUAGCGUCACUGUCUGCCAUGAAGGCACAGGUGCUUGUAGAUGCAAUGUCACGAUAAUUCAUGAUCUACCACUUUGUUUUUGGUUUCGGAGCGCUGCUGAUCGCAUGGAGUGCCC